GCCCCAGGGAGGGCUGGGGGAUCGCUUGAGGGGUCGCUGAAGGCUGUGUUGGGGAAUGCGGGUGCCUGGCGAGGCAGGUCGGGAUGGGACGGGAGUGACGUGGCGAGAUGUAGAUCUCGAGGUGCCAGCGUACCGGAGUGCAGGGCCGCGGGGGUGUUGGACCCGUCGGAUUGGUACGAAGUGCCCUUCGUCAACAGUGAUGGACCGUGGAGUGCGAUUAGGGCACGGUUGCCGAUCACAGAUGAAGAAAGGAGGUCUGUCUUCGCUGCUCUUUGGGUCGUCACGAGAGACGUCGACCUGAUCCUGGGUGUCGAAGGCGUGCUCAAGUCGAGAGCAGUCGAAGAAUUCGUCAGCCACGUUGAUGGGGGGAGGAAAGGGGGGUGCGCGUGCUACGAAAGGCUGGGCGUCCGACUGGUUCUCACCGAAGCGAUGGGACAAGAGGUCAAAACUGAGGUCCCUAGGGCAGCAGAGGCCGGCUUAUAUACAUGGAGAGAUAAGGGCAGGCUGUGCGCGCUGGUCCGUGCGCAGCUGGUCUGUGCACAGCAUGCUGACGCGGCCCCGGGGGCCGGUGAGUCAGAGAGGCUGUGUCAGCGGGGCCCGAGCUGUGCCGUGCACUGCCGUCCUAUCUAA